GGUUGCUAUUGGUAGGGUUGAGGUGCUCACAAGUGUGUUGUGCGUUCGUGGAUUUAAAGUAAAACGCACGGGGACCGGAUUAUUUUACGUUUGAUCAAAGCGCCCUAGAGAAGCGGCGAUUUCUUAACGAGCCGCCGCGCGCGUGUGAGCAGGAUGGUACCGGAGGAAGGAUACGGGGCGCCGGAUAAGUGUUGUCGGACUCCACGAGCUACGAGGAGGCCAAAGCGAGACGAGCAGAACUGCACUGACAGAGCCGGGCUUUUGGGAGAUCCGAGUAUCCGCAUCCAGAGCCAGCUAUUCAGCAGCACUUUCAGCAUCUCUCCGGGACAUGAGCUGGGCAGAGGUAAAUUUGCAGUAGUAAAAAAAUGCGUGGAGAAGGAGACUGGCAAAGAAUUUGCAGCAAAAUUUAUGAGAAAACGAAGAAAGGGCCAGGACUGUCGAAUGGAAAUCAUACACGAAAUUGCAGUUUUGGAGCUUGCUAGAGGCAGCCCUUGGGUUAUUAAACUGUAUGAGGUUUACGAGACUGCCACUGAAAUAAUCCUAGUGCUGGAAUAUGCUGCUGGCGGUGAGAUAUUUAACCAGUGUGUAGCAGAAAGGGAAGAGGCCUUCAAAGAGAAAGAUGUCCGGAGGCUUAUGAGGCAGAUAUUAGAAGGAGUUGCUUUUCUACACCAGCACAAUGUCGUCCAUCUAGACUUGAAGCCCCAGAAUGUUCUCCUGACAAGUGACUGUCCUCUAGGGGAUAUAAAGAUAGUAGACUUUGGCUUGUCAAGAAUAUUAAAUAACAAUGAGGAGCUAAGAGAAAUUAUGGGGACCCCGGAAUAUGUUGCUCCUGAGAUUCUCAGUUAUGAGCCAAUCAGCAUUGCAACAGACAUGUGGAGUAUUGGUGUCCUGGCAUAUGUCAUGCUAACGGGCACAUCCCCUUUCUUGGGAGAUGACAAGCAGCAAACCUUCCUAAAUAUUUCCCAGCUGAAUGUAACUUACAAUAGUGAGGAUUUUGAAGGCAUUUCUGAUUCUGCAAUAGAUUUCAUCAAAGCACUUCUCAUUCGCAAGCCUGAAGCUCGUGCAUCAGCUGUUGACUGUCUUCAACAUCCAUGGUUAGCCCAAGGGGACCUUCCUGAUCCAUAUGCUAGUGCUAUGAACUCUGUACAGGAAAGCAACUAUGUUGCACAAGAAGAGGAGAACGGAGAGGAAGAAGUAACUCUGUCAAAUUCUCCAGAGACAGAAGGACAGACUGAAGCAGAAGAAUUGAUUGUAAUGGCAUCUUACACAUUGGGACAGUGCAGACAGAAUGAAUUAGAGAAACAAUCUGAAUCUAAGGCCACUACCAAACGCUUUAAGUUUGAGGAGCCUAUAAUGCAAGAGAUAGCAGGAGACUUCAUUUUCUAACAUUUGAACAUUUUGGUUACGUGGGACUCUUAGGCCUCUUGAUAAACCUGCAUCAAAACAUUGAUGUUGACCAGAGCAACUGGUUGUUGUGCAAAAAAAUGCAAUUGAGCAGUGCCGUGUUAUUCUCCUUCUACAUGACACCACUAUUCCACGUCUAGUUUGGUGCCUUACCAUAAAGAAACAAUUUGUCCAUGUUUUGUGGUUUCCUAGUGAUGGUAACUGGAAAUUUUCCCGGGGGCAUUGGCAUAAACCUGGAAGAUAGAUCAAAGCAGUGUUCACUGCAUGGAGGUGGAACUUGCUGGAUUUACCUGUAAGAAGACAAAAAUUGCAAAGUCUACUGUAUCUAAACAGUGCGGCUUAUUGAAAUAAGCGUUUAUCCUUCUAAUGCCAGCCUGGAUGUUAAAGCCACACAAGUCUUGCAGGUUUUCUAUUUCCAUAAAAAAAAUCCCAAAUGUAAACUUUGUGGGUAGUUGUAAAUAAGCUAGAUGAAAAUGUGCAAGACUUGAUCACCAAUGCCGCUAAAGGCUGGUAUUGAUAUAUGAAAUAGUAGUAGUUGAAUGAUAAAUUAUCUUAAACAUUCCUUCCUCAGAGUAUUUUGUUACGCAGUUGCCAACAAAAAAAAUGUGCCAACUAGCCGUUUUCUUUCAAGCCAAUAAAUAAAACAUACAGGAUCAGGGAUGGUGAAAAUCACUAUACUAGAGAUUAUGUUGCCCCAUUAAAGAGCUGCUUUCCAGAGAAAAAAAUGUAACCUUACUGACUUUUGCUGAAUUGCUGACAAGCUUUAAGAUAGUAUUUGCCUGUAUAUGACCAUCUGUAGACUGGACCACUCCAGACCAGGGCAGCAGCUUGGGGAAAAACCAGUGGCAGGCCCAUUCAAUAUCUGGAUUGAUACCAAUGAGCUGUCUAGCUGGAAGUUUCUCUGCUUCCAAAAAAAAAUAAACUGUCAUCUGAAUUGGGACCAAAUUGUAUGGUUGCUAUACACAGGCCAAUCUUAGCUCUUGACUAGACCACUCUAGAGUGAGUGUGUGGCUUAUUGUCCUUAAUAAGAAGUGCAAUGACUGGGGUGACCAGUAUGUGGCCCUGGAUCAGGCUGUUGUCUAUGAGAAAAAGAGUUAAAAAUGCCAUCAGGCAAGGACUGCUGCAGCUUGUUAAUACGGUCCUGUUGACUGGUUUGCAUAUGCACUUAAACACUUGUUUGAGAGGCUAAUCAUAUUGUGUAUAAGCAGCUAAAAGGUGCAGUUGCACAUAAUUACUGUGUUCCAGUUCUCAGGGUGCCAUCAGCAUUUUCAUGUUUAAUGACACUGGGGUGAGUGUUAGUAGGUCAUUACUUCAGCACAGAUUUUUCAGAAGCAAAGCACUGAGCAGCCAAAAAUAGAGAAGAAAAAAAUGUUAUAUUCAAACAAAUAUCGUCCAUUUAUGCAUACAGAGCUGUUUAAUGGUUACUGUAGAGACCCCCCCCCCCCAUGGUUAAAUAUGUGUUUAUAAAAUGUACACAUAUUUAAGUUCUGCAGAAACUGUCCCCAUCACUGUGGCUCUGAGAUGGAGAGUCACAGGCUAAGAUUCUCACCAUGGCAAGCGAGCCCUACUGACAUGGCCACACUCAAUUAAAUUGUAUUUAUCACCAAUUUAUUCAAUGGAAAUUUUAGUAUUUAUUUUUAAUAUACUUCCUUAACUUUAGAUUUUUUUUUUUAAUUACAAUUAUUUUAAUUGCUACCAGUUGUACACGUUCCCAGUUGUACAGGUUCAAACAGAAUGUUGCAUUUAUACCUGCUUUAUUGCAUGUAUAUCUGCUUUAUUUCCACUCUGCCCAGCCCUUACGUUUCUGUUCUUUUAUUCUCACAUCAGCAACCUGGGAAUCAUUUCUGUAUCCAGGACAUUCUCCCUGGGAUUGCUAUAUUCACACUGGUUAGUUAUUUGUGCGUGGUGCAUUAAAACUUGAGAAUUGGUUAACUUAAGGGAGUAGUUUUAAAACCAUUAAAGGGGUAGGUUUAUUCAUGCUUGAGCCUCACAUUUUUUAGGUUUUAGGACCUGGGUGCUCAAACAUUAAUAAAGUUGGAGAUCAGUCCUGUAACACACAAGUCUCCAAAGGAAUUAGCUCUAGCUCAGUUAUUGCUGAGCUAUAGCUCCCAUCAUUGAUGGACCUGCUAAGUCAUAAUUAUGUCUGGAACAAUCUAUAUUGCUUUAGUCACUUCCCUGAAUCUAACUAUUUAAUGUUUGCACUACUUUAUUUUUAUUUUAUAUAUUUCUCUGAUCUUUCAGUGGUAUGUGGCUCUUGUCCAUGGAUGUUAAAGGGAACAGCAGCACAUGAAUUUAUUUAACAAAACACCUUUAUUAAUAGCUUUCAACAAUUUCAUGCCUUAUAGAAUUUAUUCCUUAUUAGAUUAUUGCAGCAUGCAACUCAAAGGCUACUUGACUGAGGGGGGGAUAUCGGGCAAAAAAAAUAAAUAAAUCUUGGAUUAAUGUAUAUUGGGGAGUUGCUUAGAAUAGUUUUCUCAAUUGACAAUUGUUUUGUGUUAUUUGGGUUGAGUUCCUCUUUACUACAAAUGAUUAAAAGGAAGUGUCACACUUUUUCACCCUUUCUUUGCUUCCAGUUCCCAUUUUUGCACACACCCGUUGUAUUUAUUUCCACUAUUUGGCAGCAUCUUACCACAGUUUCUCAUACAACCUUUUUGAGAAAGCAGUUUAAAAAAAUAAAAUAGGUACUGGUUAUUUGGGGAAGUCAAACUUACUUGGAAAUAAUUCUUAUAUCCUUUGCAGAGAGCCUGCUGUUAAGUUGGUUAUACAUGUAUCGAUAGAAUUGUGUGAUUUUCGUGGUGUUGGACAGACUAUGCAAACCGAUACCUCUGUGCCACGGAUAUUGCACAGUUCUUCAGGUAUUUCUUUAACAAUGUCUCCUGCUGAUGCACCGUGCAUGGACAGAUGAGGAAGUGAAAACAAGUGACAGCUCUUCACUUCCUGCUCCCUGCAUCUGGCUGCUCUUUGAUUUGCUCUCAAUUCAUUACAAAGUCUGUAUUUGGCGGCUCUGAGACCUGCAAUGUUAAGAGUUUUUAUGUUUGUUACUGUUGUGCCUUAUUGUAUUUUGUCUUUUUGUACAGUAAUUUUAAAUCAAAUCUAUUUUGUAUAGUUCUAUUAAAGUUUGUAAAUUAUGAACAGCUUGUUAAAUAAAUGCUGUAUACUUUAA